AUGGUGGGGGAAGACACGUGGCGGAUUGAGACGGAGCCAAGGGAUGGAUUCGAAGCAAACAUUGAAAACUCGACAUCGGGAUUCGAUCCCAUCUUCGGCACGGUUUUUCAUCAGGCGGAUACGAGAGCCAUCCGGGAACUCUCCCUCCACGUGCAAAUGCGUUGGCCCAUUCUCCCUCGAGGAGCGAAAUCCACAUCCCGAGCCGUCAGAGAUCCAGCUGUUCCCUGCGAACUGGACUUUCUAGGCAUGGAGCUGCCAGAAACCAGAUCGGUGGCCACAUCAAAGAAUGCUGAUACCCGAUUGGCACCAAGCCCUGCUAAUCAAGGUGUCGCAUUUCAUAUCAUCAAACGGGACGACAAGGUGACCCGACGGGAGAAUGCUCCUUUACCCCUUUCCUCUAGAGAUUUCCGGACGAUAUCUACGAUUCCAUCAUCGAUGCUUCGAGUUUUCCUCCUUGGUAUCCCGCCGUCGAAAUUGGAACCGUUCGAUGGCAUUCAUCACCACGCCGGGGGGACUUGGUUUGCGCCGUUCCGUUGCGGAAGCUUCACACACGUCGAAGCGCCCAUCCUUCUUCGCUCGUCUCCAAACGGAACAUCCGUCAUUACCCUUGACGGUGACGUUCGCUCGGCCCUCAGCCAUGAUCCCAACAACAUCGUAAUGGCCACGGAUCGCUGCUCGCAUCAUCGCCGUCCGGCCCGAAUCGCCAAGGGUUCCAGAACCGGCUCUUUCCGUGUCAGCGCCGCGGUUCAGCAACAUCUUCACCGCACCCAGAUUUGCGUGAGGGCAUGCGUCUGUGAGCGGCGUCCAACCAUGGUCAUGCCAGUCAGUCAUACUCUGCGCUGCGAAAUUGACUCCACACUGCCGUUCUGA